AUGACAGACUUAGAGCUCGAUGCACUGGCGACCGUACAGACGUGCGAGGCUGGGGCGCUUCAACAAGAGCGUAUGCUCCACGAGCGGCGCAGGCACCUCGCUUUGGCGUACCAGGAAAUGGAACUGCUCACGUUCGACGGUGCGCAGUUACGUGCGGUUGCAAUGGACGACGCAUUCAUCGCACGCGGUCGCAGGGUCAAACAAAGAAGCUUUCGCAAGCUCUUUCAGUGGUGGACGGCAGAGGACUUACUGCGCAAGCAUGACCAGCCCAUACCCUCGUCGCCGGAUAGCUCCAGCGAUGGAGAGCAAUCAAGCGGCGGGGUCGACAGCGGUGCUGAGGACGACGACGACACCGGUGCCGGCGCCGGCGCAUCAAGAGCCGCGUCGCCCGCUCCGAGCGCAUCAGACGCGGACUUGUUCGCUUCCGAUGCUGAAGACGAUUGGGAUGCCGAGGAUUUAUUAUCGCAAGCCGAUUAG